AUGUCUUCCUCUGAGGCCGAAGUAGACAUCAGUGUGGUGUCCAGUCCGGAGCCAAGUCCAGUGGGCAUCGCGUCUCAUGGCCGCGACAGUCCAAUGCGUUCCCCGGCUCGCUCUGCCGACGGCAGUACACCGCCCACGCCAACACGCUCGACACCUACUACAGCGGCUGGCACGCCCACCUCCUCAAGUGCCGCUCAACACUAUCACAGUCCCAAUGGUGCAGUGCCACCAACGGUGUUGCAUCAUCACCUCCAGCAUCAUCUAAGCACUCUGAGCGGUCACCCGGUGGCGCUACAUCAUGCCCUGCACAGCUUCGGACACCUGCAUCCGGCACAUGCCGCACAUCCUGCGCUCCUGCAGCACGCGGUGGCGCCAGCAGCAGCUGCAGUGCAGCAUGCGGAACGCCUAAGUCCACCGGCCAUGGCUGCCAUGGCGCCCAAGUCGCCAGAACGCAAUGGUGGCAGUAUGGAGGACCUCAGUCAUGGCAUCAACAUCAAUAACAACAAUAGCAAGGCAUUGAAUCACAACAAUGCUGCGACGACGUGCUCGGCGGCAGCUGCAGCUGCCAGUGCGAACAGCAACGACAGUAAUGCCAGCAGCAAUGGCAACAAGGCCACAACGGGCUCCAAUGGUUUCACCAGCUUCUCCAUCUCCAGCAUCCUGAGUCGCAGCGAGCCAGCAAAAAAGAACGGCGCCACACUGAUUACGCCCAUUCCACAGCUGCCGCAACCCGGCACAGGUGGACCCCAGGAUGCGGCCAUGCUCUCAAGAUUGGGUUUCAUUUCGCAAUGGGGUGCUCUAGCCGGCCGCUAUGCCGCGCUAUGUCCGCCCGGAUGGCCGUGGGCGCCACAACGUAUGCCAUUCCAUAGCCCCACACAUGACAGUUCCUCCACAAACACCACGGAAAAUCCACCAUCGCCCACAUCGCUCAGUCCGAAUCACUCGAGCAACCAUAACAACAACAACAACAGCAGCAGCACUGCCAGUGCCAACAACAGUAACGCCAACAACAAUGGCCAGUGCGGCGGCAAAUCACCUCCACCUGGUUCUGCGCUCCACAGCCACCAUGCCCAGCUGUACCAGCAGCAGCAGCAGCAACAGCAUCCACACGCCACCCAACAGCAUCCACAUCAGGCUAGUACGCCCACUAGCAGCGCUGGCCAUCUCUCUCACCACUUGCAGUCCUCGCAUGGGUCGCUUUCUAGCGGUAACUACAUGCUGCCCACCAGCUCGAAUGAGUCGGACGACGAGGGCGAAGAAAUAAUUGAGGAGGAUGACGGCACUGACGGGCCCUCAGACAGCUCAUCGCCGCAUGGCGAUGGCAACCAGUCGAAGCGGAAGAAGAAGACCCGCACUGUCUUCUCGCGCGCACAGGUCUUCCAGCUGGAGUCGACCUUCGAUCUCAAGCGUUACCUCAGCUCCUCGGAGCGUGCCGGUCUGGCGGCUUCACUGCGUCUAACCGAGACACAGGUGAAGAUUUGGUUUCAGAAUCGACGCAACAAAUGGAAGCGGCAACUGGCCGCCGAGCUGGAGGCUGCCAACAUGGCGAAUAUGGCGCAUGCGGCCCAACGGCUGGUGCGAGUACCAGUGCUCUAUCAUGAUGGCACCACGGCGGGCUUUGUGCCUCCUCCACCCCCUCACCAUCAUCCUAUGCAGUACUAUGCUGCGGCUGCGGCACGCAACACCAGCCCACCGCGGCCGCCACUUUCUUCGCUGGUAUAG